AUGCUGCUUUCUCUACUCGUUUUAAAGUGUAGUGCAAACUCGACCGGUACCCCAUGUUCCGAAUGCGCCCUCCACGGCCGAGAUUGCAUCGUCGACGAGUAUGCCGACAAACGCCGUAAGGUUGCGCGAGAUCGCGUCCAGGAGGAGUUAGCGUACUAUCGCGAAUUUGUGCAGCAGCUGCUGGCAGCCAUUCGGCACGGCAAACGUACAGACGUCGACGCCAUUAUCAAUGUCAUCCGGUCGGGAGCCUCACUCGAGAAGAUACACUUGAUCGUCACCCAAUCACUGAGUCAUACAAACGAGGCCGAUGGCCUUGAGAUUACGGUCCACGAUCUGACAAAUGUACCGGACGGCGUAUCUGGGAACUCGUCUCCCGAUGCGAAAGAGCCGGAUGGCGUAUCUGCGGAAGCGUCUCCCGAUGUCAAAGAGCCGAAUGGUGUAUCUGUGGAAUCGUCUCCCGAUGCUGGGCUGAGUGCGAUCUUGAAUAAAGAUUCAUGA